UGUCUGCCUGCUUCUCCCCGCCUCCCUCCCGUUUCCACAGAGUGGCAGCGCUGGCACAUCAUCGUCCAGAAGAGCCUGAGCUGCGGUAUCUGCCGGUGUGUGCACCUCUGCACUCGGAUUCCUCACGUUAAAGCCGGGCAGGCGUCAGCCAAAAAAGCUCCACGGGUAGCUGAGUGAGACCGGGGAUCUCUACAGAAUAACCCUUCAGCAAAAGAACAUUUGCCAUAUUUUUUGCGGGGGAGAAAAUAAUAAGCGUCUGCCCUGGCUGCGCUGGCUUAAGUGGAUUAAAGAAGAGACGGGACAUCUGGGCUGAGAGGAAUUGCUCCUGUGCCGCGCAGUAGCGCGCACAGAACAGCCACAGAAGCUGCAGACGCACUGAAAGAGUAUAAGGGAGAAAGAAGGUGGAGGAUAUUUUACGCACCACAGCACCAGCCCCGAAUCCGUUGUACUUUCAGCUUUAUACUAAGUCGCUUAGUUGUCGCUUGGAUUUCCUCCAGACCAAGUCCAAAGCCACACUGGUCAGCAGGAAUGGAUUUCUUCAUCCUGGCGGCUCUGGUGCUGUGCUCUCUCACAGCGCCAGCCUUUGGGGACAAAGGGUCCAGCAAAGCCCGGACUUGUUCGGACAUUCAGCGGUUUUACGGCGGAAAGGGAUUCAGCCAGGAUGGUGUCCCACAGUUUGAAAUGUCAGGAGAGCACCUGCGCAUUUGUCCCCAGGGUUACACCUGCUGCACCAUCGAGAUGGAGGACAAUCUGGCUACGCUCAGCCGCAGGGAGAUGGAAGGACUUCUCAGAGAAGCUAAGCGACCCUUGCAGAGCUCACUUUCAUACAGUUACAACACCUUCAAUGGCUACAUGGAUGAUUUAAUGAACAGGUCCAUGGUCACCCUUCAGGACACGUUCACUUCAACAUGGGGCUUUUUAUACACCAGAAAUUCCCAGCUCUUUCAGGACCUGUACCAGGAUUUGAAGGACUACUACCGGAGUGCCAGUGUCAAUCUGGAGGAGGUGCUGAAUGAAUUCUGGACCAAGCUGCUGGAGAAGCUUUUUUACCAAGCAAAUAAGCAGAGUUCAAUAGACGAGGAUUACCAGGAGUGUGUAUCAAAGAAAAUAGAGACACUUCGACUUUUCGGAGAGGCCCCCCAUAAAAUGACGAUACAAGUCACUCGUACGUUUGUGGCGGCUCGUGCAUUCCUCCAGGGACUGCAAACCAGUCGAGAAGUGGUGGGCAAAGUGUUACAGGUGCCUCUGAGCCAGAAGUGCGUGGGAGCUAUUAUGAGGAUGACUUACUGUCCCCACUGCCGUGGCAUGCCCACUGCUAAACCCUGUGCCAACUACUGCAGCAACGUCAUGAAGGGCUGCCUCGCCAACCAGGCUGACCUCCAUACAGAGUGGUCACAUCUAGCAGAUACAAUGAUUGAGGUGGGAGAGCGCCGCUUGGAUGAUGUGGAAAGCGUGAUCCUUUACCUCCCAAAUCAGAUAUCAGAAGCCAUGUUUAGUAUGAUGGAUAACAUGGAAACCAUCAACAGCAAGCUGUUCCAGGCAUGUGGCAGCCUCAGCGAAGGAGGAGCCACCGGCUCUGGAUUUGAAGAUAUCACCAGUAGAAGAAGGGUCGUAGUCGAUGACAGGUUGGGAGGGAGUGUCACCAAAAUGGCAAAGUCGGUGUCUGACAUCAACAUGAAGCUGAGAGAAAUACGACCAUAUUGGGUUUCCCUACCAAAAGUCCUUUGCAGUGACAGAGUUGCCAGUGGAACAGGGGCUGAGGACAAGUGCUGGAAUGGCAUGAAUCGUGCCAGGUAUCUGCCUGAGGUGAUUGGUGAUGGCCUUGCCAGUCAGAUCAACAACCCUGAAGUGGAGAUCGACAUCACCAAACCAGACAUGAAAAUCCGCCAGCAAAUAAUGCAGCUGAAGAUCAUGACCCACCGGCUGAAGAAUGCGCUUAAUGGCAAGGAUGUGGAUUUUCAAGAUACCAGUGAUGAUGUCAGUGGAUCAGGAAGUGGCAUGUGUGCAGAUGACAUAUGUUCCCGGGGGCCACGCGUUGUUGCCCCAGUGACCGAACCACCCAGAGUCUAUGCCUACCCACCAAGGAACAAGGAAGUGAGAGGUUCAGCGUCACAAAGUCUCCCUUCAUUCAGCAUCCUUUUGCUUUCACUGCUCAUCCUGUUGCUGCGGCGAUAAUUUGUGGGAGAGUUCUUCUUCCUGGGACUGAGUUUGGGACAUGAGGGACUGGAGAGUUUUAACAGACAGGGAGGAAACAUUAGGGGUUAGUUACUUUGCCAAAAGUAAGCCAAUUAAUAGAAACGAUAGCAAAAAUUACUCAAAUGGACCUUCUUCGGUUUUAAAACACAAUGGAGUCAUGAGUAUUGAUCUGUGUUUCUGAUCUUCUCCUGUUCUUUAUUUGUCGGUAUUCUAUGACACUGUUAGAGUUGGUCUUUUGGCAUCCUCUAAUGGUUUGUUUCUAGUCUUUGGGUUCUCUAAAGUAACAUUUUCACCUAAGACAUUAAAAGACUGUACAGCUAGCAGUAACUUAGAUAUUGACAUAAUGGGAAGAAGAAGACUGGAGCAAUGCGGUAGCCCCUACGUGCACAUUUGAUCUCCACUUUUAAUCUGUAGAAAUUAUUUAUUUAUUAGAAGUUAUCAAUAGAGCAUUAAUUAGACUAUUCACAUCACUGGUUUAAAAGC